AUGUGGGUCCAGCUGCAAGAAGUCAAAAAGGGCAGUGAAGACACUGACAGUAGUAGCCCCAGUAUCCAUAGCCUUGGCACUGACAACCUCAGCUUUGACCCCAAGGACGACAGACCUGGUGCUGAAGACAGAGCACAAGCAAAAACUUGGCUACAGGCACCACUGCAGAUCACAUGGCUUGCCAUCAUUCCAUCUCUUCAAGCUCAAGACUGGUUUGUGACCCUCAACUUAGAUGUUGCAUAUUUCCACAUAACCAUCCACUUGUCCCACAUUCAGUCAAUAUCAAUAGAAGCUUUUGUUCACAUCCUUAAGAAUAUCUCCCAGGAUGGACAUAGCCCAUUGGUUUUGACUUCUAAAGCUAUCAUUUUCAUAGGGGCCGCUAAUUCCAUGCCCGUGACACCAGCAGAACCAGAGCAGUUCCUCUGUGUUGGAAUGGAGGUGAAGUUUCAGGACCCUAGAGAAUUAAAGCGUGGAACAUUCAUUCAUAAUAUGAAGAUGCUGCUGACUUUGUUCUUCUUCCUUAUUGGGAGUCAAACUUCAGUAACUCAGACAUCUGCCCCUACAUCUGCAGAUAUUGUCCUUUUGGUUGACAGCUCUAAUAGCCUGGGAAAUAAGGCGUUCCCCUCUAUGAAGUCUUUUAUUAUCAAAAUGAUCAAUCAUUUAACAGCGACUCCUAACCAAUACCGUAUCGCACUUGCCCAGUACAGUGACGAUUUGCACGUUGAAUUUCAGCUGGACACCUAUAAAGCAAAGAACCCAAUGAUGAACCAUGUCAAAAAGAACGUUGUAUUCAAGGGUGGUUCAGUAAAAACUGGCAAUGCCCUUCAAAAAGUUCAUGAAACCUAUUUCAAAGGACCAACUAGUGGAAGAGACAAAGAACGAAUUUUGGUAGUCUUGACUUCAGGGGAAUCAAAGGAUGCCGUAGGAGAGCCUGCCAGGAUCUUGAAAAGUGAUGGGGUAAAAAUCAUAACUCUGGGGAUUCAGGAUGUUUCUCCUCAAGAACUGCAGUCAAUGGCUACACCUCAAUUUUCGUAUACAUUUCACACAGUGAGGGAUCUCAGUAUGUCUUCUCAAAAUGUGACCAAGAUCAUUGAGGAUACUGUUCCAUGGAUUAGCCAAGAAAUAGACAAUUAAUAUUGUAUUCUUUUCCUCUCUCUUCCCACUGCAGCUUGUAAGAGUGAUUCCGUUGCUGAUGUUGUGUUCAUAGUAGAUGAAGCUGUUUCAAAACCAAAAUCUGAAGAUAUUAAAAAUUUCCUGCAAGAUACAGUCUCCUUCCUUGAUGUGAAGAAGAAUUGUACAAAGAUUGGCCUAGUGACAUAUAGCAGUGAGCCACAUGUGUUAGCUUUACUGAGUGAAGAAACAAACAAAACUGCUAUUCUGCAGAAAAUACAGGGCUUUUCUCCGAGGGAAGGGAAGGCCAACACUGGUGCUGCCAUUAAGGCUACAAGGAAAAACAUCUUCAGUGUAAAAUAUGGAAGCAGAAAGGCCCAAGGGAUAGAGCAAAUAGCAAUUCUGAUCACCCACAGACCCUCUGAAGACAAUGUAAGUGAGGCAGCUCGUGAUCUUCGGAGAGCUGGCGUGACUGUAUUCACCAUAGGCAUUGAAAAUGCUAACCACGCCCAGUUAACCCAGAUAGCAUCAUAUCCUCCACACCUAUAUGUUACUAAGCUGACAGAAUUUUCUGACCUGCCAAAACAAGCCAGAACUUUACAAAAGAAACUCUUGAAUCAAAUUCAGGACAAGCAGUAUGUCCAGUCUGAAAGAAGAGAACUACUUAAAACAGGAUAUGUGGACACAGAGGAAGCUGAUAUUUAUGUGCUCAUUGAUGGCUCAACAAGCAUUACUUCUGUUGCCUUCGGAGACAUCAAAAAUUUUUUGAAGGAAGUGAUUAAGAUGUUUAACAUAGGGCUGAAUAAAGUUCGCUUUGGAGCUGUGCAGUUCUCACAUAACAGAAGAGUGGAGUUUGAAGUUGAUGAAUACAGCAAAAGAGAUGAUUUAGAGAUGGCCAUUGACAACAUUAGGCAAAUAUAUGGGGAUACCUAUAUUGGAGAAGCUUUGACUGACAUGCAGCCACUGUUUGAAAAGGCAAGGGAGCAGAGAGCUGGCAGGGUGCCUUGUCACCUCAUUGUCCUAACAGAUGGGGAGUCAUAUGACAGUGUGAAGGAGCCUGCUGAGAGACUGAGGAGUGAGACAGUCAAUAUUUAUGCCAUUGGUGUAAAAGAUGCAAAUGAAGCACAGCUCCUUGAGAUUGCAGGGUCAAAGAGCAGGACUUUCUUUGUGCAAGAGUUUGAUUCUUUGAAAAACAUAAAAAAUGAAAUUGUUCAAGUGAUCCAUUCCGGAGAAGCCUGCAAAGAAAUGACAGCUGACAUCAUGUUUCUAGUGGACAGUUCUGGAAGCAUAGGACCAGAGAACUUUUCAAAAAUGAAAAACUUUAUGAGAGAACUGGUCAACAAAUCUGACAUCAGCGCAGAUCGAAUGCAGGUUGGGGUUGUCCAAUUCAGUGGCACAAACAAGGAAGAAUUCCAGCUUGACCGAUAUUCUUCAAAAAGUGACAUUUUCAGUGCUAUUGAUAGAAUGUCUCUUAUAGGGGAAAAUACACUAACAGGAAGUGCAUUGUCAUUUGUGGCUGAUUAUUUCAAGCCUCCCAAAGGUGCACGUCUGGCUGUCAAAAAGUUUCUUAUCCUGAUUACAGAUGGGGAAGCUCAAGAUGAAGUAAAAAGUCCAGCAAGAGCCCUACGUGAUCAAGAUGUUAUUAUCUACUCUGUUGGGGUGUUUAAUGCAAAUAAACCUCAGCUGGAAGAGAUUAGUGGGAAGCCUGAGCUGGUUUUUUACGUUGAGAACUUUGAUAUUCUGAAGCACAUAGAAGAUGAGAUCAUCUUUGGAAUAUGCAGGCCUCAUGAGGAAUUCAAAAGGCAAGAAAGAUUAGAUGUUGUGUUUGUGAUAGAUGGAUCUGGGAGCAUAGAUUCCUCAGAAUAUCAGACCAUGAAAGACUUCAUGAUUGCCUUGGUGAACAGAUCUGAUGUUGGUCCAGAUAGAGUUCAGUUUGGAGCUGUAAAAUAUUCUGAUGAACCGGAAACGUUUUUCUACCUUAAUAACUACAUAACAAAAUCCGAGAUUGUUAAGGCUAUCCAGAAUGAUGCAACUUUAGGAGGUUCAACGUAUACAGCCAAGGCGAUUGGCUAUUCGGAAGCUCUGUUUGCUCAGGAGCAUGGCGGCCGCAAAAGCAAGGGAGUUCCACAGAUUCUUAUAGUGAUAACAGAUGGUGAGUCCAAUGAUGUAGCACAGCUUGGUGACACAGCCAAGAGAUUAAGAGACAAUGGAAUUAUUAUCUAUGCAGUUGGGAUAGAAGGAGCAAAACCUGAUCAGCUUUUGGCCAUGGCUGGAUCAAAAGACAAAUAUUACUAUGUGGAUACUUUUGAAGGACUCACAAACAGAGCUGUAGCAAUAUCAGAAAAAAUAUAUGAUGAUUCAAAACCAGAGUGUGAAAUUCAAGCAGACCUUGUUUUCUUGAUUGAUGGUUCCAGUAGUAUAGACCAAACUGACUUCACCAGGAUGAAGGAUUUUUUGAAAGAUCUACUAGAUCAGAUUGGUUAUGAUCAAAAUGUUCAAAUUGGCAUUGCCCAGUACAGUGACAGGUAUAAAAGAGAAUUCAGCCUGGGUGCUUUCCAGAGCAAAUCAGAACUGAGCAUUCAAAUUCAGAACAUUAAGCAGAUGACAGGAACUAGCACUUUAAUUGGAAAUGCACUUAAGCAGGUGAAGGAAUUCUUUGCACCAGCACGCACCAGAAGAGUAACAAGAAAUGUCCAACUGGUUUUGCUGGUAGUCACUGAUGGGAAGUCGCAUGAUGAUGUUGCUGCACCAGCAGAAGAUCUGAGAAAGGAAGGUGUUCAUACAUAUGCUAUAGGAGUUGGGAAAAUUGAUCACUCGCAGCUCAUGCAAAUAGCUGGCAUCCCGGAGAGGAAGUACACUGUUAAUGAUUUCAAAGAGCUGAAGAUUAUUGAAAAAAGACUAGUUGGUGACCUAUGUAAACCUGAUAUUCCUACAAAUGUGCAUUCAAAUUAAAAUUCAUGGCACUCCUGUAGACACCGUGGUGAUUACAACACUGCAUUUGGCCUUCGUCCCACAAUGCCUGUUCUCGCUUCUCUGGUUAUCAGUUUGAACUCUACUGCCCUGCCCUCAGGUGACCAACCUUCAGCCCCACCCCAUACAUUCCUUUGCAAAUUUGAAAGU